GUUCGCGAUCGUUCUCUCCGCCGCGACGCUGAGGAGAUGGAGCCCGGAGCGCGGCCGGGCGGCGGCGCCGCGCCGGGGCAGUCCCGCGAGUACAAGCUGGUGAUGCUGGGCGCCGGUGGUGUCGGCAAGAGCGCCAUGACCAUGCAGUUCAUCAGCCACCGCUUCCCGGAGGACCACGAUCCCACCAUCGAGGAUGCUUAUAAGAUACGGAUACGCAUUGAUGACGAACCUGCCAAUCUGGAUAUCCUGGACACAGCAGGACAGGCAGAGUUCACGGCCAUGAGGGACCAGUACAUGAGGGCUGGGGAGGGCUUCAUCAUCUGCUACUCCAUCACGGACCGGCGCAGCUUCCACGAGGUGCGCGAGUUCAAGCAGCUCAUCUACCGCGUGCGCCGCACCGACGACACCCCCGUGGUGCUGGUGGGCAACAAGUCCGACCUCACGCAGCUGCGGCAGGUCUCUAAAGAAGAAGGCUCAUCUUUAGCUCGAGAGUUCAACUGCCCCUUCUUUGAGACGUCGGCCGCGUUCCGCUACUACAUCGACGACGUGUUCCAUGCCCUGGUGCGGGAGAUCCGCAGGAAGGAGAAGGAAGCAGUGAUGGCCAUGGAGAAGAAAUCCAAACCCAAAAGCAGCGUGUGGAAAAGGCUCAAGUCCCCCUUUCGAAGGAAGAAGGAUUCAGUCACUUGAACAGAGAGGAUUCCUCUGCCCAUAGAACAAAACCUGGGAACAGCCGUUUGUAACCAAAGCAGUUUAGUGACAACGUUUUGGUGGUGUCUUAAACCUGAACGGACUUCUGUGAGGGAAGACCUGACUUUUACCAGUCCUUGUUUAGACUGAUGCUCCCUUCAUUUCGGACAUUCCACUUCAGACCAGUA